AUAGGAAAUAAUCAGGCAAGCUUUUUGAAAACAUAAACACUUAAAAAGGAAAUAGUAAAUUUCGUUUUCAUUGCAUUGUGUGACUACGAAAGCGUUUGAAUUGGAGCCUAAGAAUGGCAGAAGAACUCGUAACUAAAGGCGAUCACAGUUUAACUUUCAGCAGAUCGCUAGUUUUGGGUAGUGGCACGUAUGGAGACGUUUACGGUGGAAAGUAUAACGGUAAAGACGUAGCUAUAAAACGUGUUCAGUUGAGACAUAUCAAUUUGAAUGAGGACCAGUCAUUACAGCUUGAUCACGACAAUGUUGUCAAGUUACACCAUUGUCGAGAUAACGAAGAUUUUAGGUUUUACGUGCUCGAGCGCUGCGCUGCAAAUUUAGAACAGUUUUGCAAAGGGGAUUACGAGGGACCGAUGCCUUCUGAUGCGGAAGUGCUCUAUCAAUUGGCCACAGGCUUGGAAUACAUCCACGCUAAACGCCUCCACCGUGAUAUCAAACCGGAAAAUAUCCUCAUUUCAGAACCAGAUCCUAAUGUCCAGAUCAAAUGGGCUGAUUUUGGAUUGAGCAAAGCGCUAAAUAUAAAUGGAUCCUGCUCCAUGAGUGGGGUUCGUGGAACCAAUAAUUGGAUAGCGCCUGAAAUUUUUCGUCUACGAGAAAAUCCUGGAGGUCGUAGCUCGCCAUCCAGCGACAUUUUCUCGACCGGUUUAGUGUUUUUCUAUUUUCUGAAACGAGGAGUUCAUCCUUUUGGUAAGGAUAGGGAAAUCGAAUCCAAUAUCCAGAAUAAGAAGCAAGCUAACAUUCACGGUAUCUAGUUUUUAUUGCUAAUUUAUCUUUUCUU